AUGGGAAGCAGCAUUAAAUUCAGCUACGAGGAUCCCAGGAUAGAUAUUACUAUCACACCAUUCAAUAUGAAAGAGGAACUUGAAGAGGGUCAUUUUGAUACUCAAGGGCAUUAUCAUUGGAAAAAAGAAAAAGAAAUCAGGGAUGGAUGGCUUGAUAACAUUGACUGGGUAAAGAUAAAAGGCAGACCUGAAGAUAAGUACAAAGUUCAUAAAGAUGUCGGUGAUAAAGGUCUAGGUGAUGAUUCCAGCAGUGAAGAUGAUGAGCCUGAGGAAAAGUUUGAUUUGAUGAAAAAUUACAAAGAAAUAUUGCAGCACAUGAAACCUAAAGAGACUAUUGCAAAAACUCUGCAAAGGCUAGGUACAGGUUCCAAAAUCUCCAGUGCAGAACGUUGGAAAAGAAAGAAAGCUGGAAUUGUUGAUGAUAGUAGUAAAUUAGUCACAAGAGUAACUGAGCUUGCAAAUCAAAUAUUGACUAAACUAGGGAAUAUGGAUAUUUAUCAAGAGACGUAUGAAAAAAUAUCUUCUAUCAUAGCCAAAAACAAAAAUAAAAAUGAGGGCGCAGAUUUAGAUAUGUAUGCAGAUGAUUUUGAUCAAAAAGAAAAACAAACUCUUGACAAAACUAAAUCUGAAAAUGAUACUUCUGUAUCAGAUUAUAAGGAUGAAAAUGAAGAGUCAGAAGUUGUUAAAUGGGAGUUUAAAUGGAGUCAAAAUAAUGAUGCUGAAAUUAUAGGUCCUCAUUCCACAGAGCAAAUGCAAAAAUGGGUUGAAGAGGGAUAUUUUAAAACUGGCGUUUGGGUGAGAAAGCAUGGUGAAGACAGCCAGUUCUAUAACUCCAACCGAAUUGAUUUUGAAUUGUACAUGUAG